GAUGGCGGCCGAAGUUGCCGGAGGACUACAAGAAGAAGCUUUGAAAAGAAAGGAAAGAUUAUUAGCCAUGCGACAAAAAAGUGCAGCAGCUGACCAACAAGAAACAGAAAACACAGAUGAAGCAAGGGGACAAAAGCGACAAGCAGAUAGUGAAYCAAUUAAAGUUAUAAAGUUCAGAAACUAUGUACCAAAAGAUGACACACUAAAAGAUAAAAAGCUACCGAAUGCUAAACCUCUAUUAGUUGAAGAUGAAGUGCAAGAGCACCUUGAAAAAGCAAAAUCAUCAAAUAUAAUUGAUGAAGUG